AUGGUGAAUCUAGCGAAGUCGGACUUGGAUCUUGAUUCAAGGCGAGUCCCUGCAUUCAAUCUCCACACAGAUUUAAGUGAUGCCUAUUUGGUGCGUGAAUUCAAGAAUUACAACGUCUACUUGACAGGCGACAAUGAAAGCCUUCUCGCUGGCGAGAAGACUAUUCUCUGGCUGAAAGGAGGGAUCGUGACACGGAAUCUGAAAUUUGAUUCUCAGAUUAUCAGCUGCUUCUUUACCAGACUAAAUGGAGAAUCUUCCAACAUUCAAUCUGAACAAGUUUUGGUCGUGGUCCUGAAAGAGCAAAUAUGUGUUUAUGAAAGAGGAGGACGUUCCCAAACUGUGAGUUUUCCAUUCCAUAUUCGCAAAGCGUUUAGCUUUGAAAACGGAUUGAUCAUCAGUAAGGAGUUUGAAAGCCCCACGAUUGCUUCGAACGACCCGAAUCAAGCCUUUUCAUCUACCCUCUUAUAUGGAGGCGGCAUUCCCCCUUUAUCGGCAGCAUCUAGUACAGCUGGUUCAAACGAGAGCAAUUUUCUUACCCUUCUUGACACCUUGGGUGAGCUGGGAUCCAUUGUGUCAUCAUCUACCACGUCUUUCUCCUCGAAAGAAGAAAUCAUUUCAUUUCCUUCAACUUCAGCAUAUUCAAUAGCUACGACAUACAAUCCUGUUGAAAAGGCCAUUACAGUUUAUCACACAAGGUUUUUGCACAGGAACAGAAGCUCAAAAGUGAAUUCGUUAUCAUACCAGAGUCUCAACAGGAGACCAAGCAAGAAAAUAUACGUUAGUAAAAGUCAAACCAACGCUCCAACUGUUAACGCUUCUGGGUCCGCUGCCAGUGGUAGUUCUGGACCGAACACGGCUUCGGGCGGCCACAGAAUCCUUGAUGAUCAGAUUCUUGACGCCAAACAAACACGGUCCACCUCUGACGCAAUGUCUUACGAUAGAAUGGCAUCUGGGAGCGAGUUCAAUAACGAAACAAGCAGUUUUUUUACAUCUGCAAAUCACCAGCAAAUAGACAUGGCCCGUUUGCGAAAAGAUAUAAUAUUCACGAAGCUGACGUCAAUAGAGUUCACGGAUGAUACUGAGCAUUUGAGGAUAUUCAACAUUUCUUACAAUGACCAAGAAGCCAUUGUUGUAUGCAACCGGAAAUCCCACACAAUCGAGUUUUUCAUUUUCAGCAAUCCGGGGUCCCCAGUCAGCUUGCCCUCGCUCAAAUCAACAUACUCCGUCAAAGGAUUGGAUGCUGUAGCUUUGUCUCCGGUCUCCAAACAUUCGGGAUACAUUGUUUUGCUCUAUGAUCUUUCUCACAUUAUCCUUGUUAAUCCAUUUUUGGGACUUUUGUCGUCCACGAUCGAUAUUUCUUUGCAUCUACCACCCAUUAGGUUUCUCGACGAUUGUUUUGGUUCUAGUGUGUCUGUACAUUGCCUGAACGACAAACACUAUACCAUACAACUGAUUUUACAGCCACAAGACAAGCUUGUUCAUACUUUCAUCGAUUUGCUCAAGUACCUUGCUAAUUCUUUUACCUAUGAAUACUUUUGGAUUCAGUGGUGCGCCAAUUGCUCACUUGACAUACCCCAAAACGAUGACUGGCAAACAUUCGUUGUGACCUUACUUUCACUUACUCUGCCAGAUGAUUUUGAGCUUGACAGCGAGCUUAAUGAUAAGAACCUGGUAUGCUCAUUGCUACCUUACGCACAGUUGGCAAAACAAAAUAUUGAGAAUCUUUCCGCAGCGUCCCAUUCUAGAGGAGCAUACAUGCUUACAGAUCUAUUACCAUCCAUAGUCCUAUCCCUUCAUCUCGUAAGAGAGGAGCUCAAACUCAAUGUGUUGGCUACAGAGAAAAUUGAACAGCUUUCACUUCUUUUGGCUCAGCUCUGUAGCUGGAUGGGGUGGACCGACAAUUGGUUUAAAUACUAUAUGCAGGAUUCCAAAACCAUUGAUCGCACGACCAGGUUCUUGAUGGCUCAGCCAUUGGCGUCACCGCCUAACCUUUUGCAAUCGCUGGCUAGCUUGUUUUCCAACUCUAUUGUUCCGUACGUGACUUUUUCUCAGAUUGCCGAAGAAGAUGAGACGAUUGAUGAGCUAGUAAUUCCACGCACAUAUUACAUUUUGCGAUUAUUUGAGGGACUUAUUUCACCCGAGUUCCAACCCACUGAUGUUAUCAAUAUGAUGGUGGACUAUAAUAUUGAUGCUACUAUGCUAGAGUCAUUUCCUCCGGGCGUCUAUCUGCCACUAAAAAAUGCUAUAAUCAAUUGCAGCGAGUCCGCUUUCCAUUGGAACACGGGCGUUGACGAGCUUGAGUUGAUAGGACGAAAAGAUCUUCUGGCCUUCACUCAAAGUGUAGCGAAAGAAACUUCAAGCACAAGACAUGAUUAUACAGACAUACCACAAAAAGAUAUGAUGCAGAUACUUAAGUUCGUCAAUGAUCAUGAAGCAAUUAGUGCAUGGGAUGGACAAGCUGAGGCUGACAGAUUCCAGGUGACUAAACUGAUAUUUCAUGAGGACCGCAGAUUCUAUGAACUGACGAAGCUCUUACAGACUUCUCGUGUACAAACUGCAACACUGAGAACUGACGAAAGAAUGGAUGAACAUGAAAAGCUUGUCAGGCAGCGAGCACUUGGAGCAAAGGUGGCUUUGCGAACAUUGACAAUGCCUCUGGGCAGGGGUGCUGUCUUUAUCUCAAGUAGGAAACCGUUGAUGACGGAAAGGUUUCCUAUUCCUAAGAUGAAUUUUAAUGCUCUGAUUUUACCAGACAUGAUCAACGUUAGUCUGGAGAAAGAUAUGAUUGACCAAGAAAUGUACAAUUGGGGAUUCUUCCACAACGGUGCAUCAUCAGGACUCACCAUUUCUAGAGAUUCUACGCAAAUCAAUGGAAGUUGGAUUGUAUUCAACCGUCCACCGACUUUGAAUGCACAACAUGCAGGAUUUCUUCUCGGACUUGGCCUCAAUGGCCAUCUGAAAAAAUUAGAGGAAUGGCAUAUUUACAAUUAUCUGGGCCCAAAACACAACUUUACGAGUGUCGGCUUACUUCUUGGAAUGGCUGCUAGUCUUAAAGGAACGAUGGACAUCAAACUAACGAAAGUGCUCUCGGUACACGUUGUUGCGUUACUGCCUCAAGGAUCAACGAAUUUGAAUGUUCAAUUACCCGUUCAGACAGCUGGCCUGGUUGGAAUAGGCUUGCUUUAUUUGGAAACACAGCACAGAAGAAUGACAGAAGUUUUGCUCUCUCAGAUCAAUGCAACCCUUAAUUAUAAUGAGAGAGAAUUUGUCAGCGAAGGGUAUCGACUUGCGGCUGGUAUAGCAUUAGGCUAUGUCAAUUUAGGAAAAGGUGAAAGUCUCAAAGCGUCUAAUGACACGCAUGUCAUUGACAAGCUAUUUGCAAUGGCUGUGUCAGUUAGGGAUAUACAGACCGCCGAAGAAUAUGAUAAGUCGUGCGGAGGUGCCAUUUUGGCACUUACGUUUAUGUUCAUGAAGACCGGCAACUGUGAAGUUGCCUCAAAGCUUGCUAUACCGCAAACAAUGCAAUUGCUGGACUACAUUAGACCUGAUUUUCUGAUGCUAAGGUGUCUUGGAGCUAAUUUGAUUAUGUGGGAUCAAAUUGGAGAUCACAGGGAAUGGGUCGAAGUGCAAAUUCCAUCUUGUGUGUCCGAAAUAUACAACGUUGAAACGAUAAGCAAGCUAGAUAGUGAUUUUCUUCCUUAUCUAAACAUUUUAGGAGGAAUAUUGCUUUCAAUCUCGUUCAAGCACGCAUCAUCCGGAAAUACUGAGGCCAAAGACACGCUUCUGUACUACUUUGACAGAUUAAUGAGUAUCUGUGCUUUAGAACCUAGGAAUUAUGACGAGCGUGUGGCGUUAAUUGGUGCCCGAAACAUCAUGGAUGUCGUGAUUCUCGGGCUUUCUAUUAUAUGUGCCGGAAGUGGAGACUUGUGCGUAUUCAGACGUUUGAGAUUUUUGCAAGGGGUGGUUGACGAGUCAAUGAAUUAUGGGAAUUACAUGGCAAUCAAUUCUGCUCUUGGAUUUCUGUUCUUAGGUGGCGGUCAAAUGGCUUUUCGGAAGGAUAAUCUUGGAAUUGCUGCUAUUGUAACCGCUACCUACCCUGUUUACGGAACCAACAACUACAACAAUGGAACUGAAUGCUCAGAAAUCCAUUUGCAAGCAUUGAGACACUUUUGGGCGCUUGCCGUGGAGAACAGGUGCCUCAACGUGCGAGAUGUGAACACAAAGCAGCCCAUCAAAGUUGAUGUACAGAUUGAAACAGACCUUGGAUCGCUGAUCAACCUCCAAACACCUUGUUUGAUUCCAGAGCUGGACAGCAUUUCGAGGAUAUCUGUUGUCAAUUCGGAAAAGAUUUAUUUCCCCGUGACACUUGAUUUUAAGGAACCAGGCACCUUAGAUCUAUUCAAACAGGCUCACCUCAACAUAUUCGUAUACCGCAAAAGGGAUUACCAAGAUCUGAGGCUUUCUUUUGAUGAUAUAGUCAAGCAGGUUGAGAUAGAUCAACAGAUAAGCGAUGAUGUCGAUUGCAUGAAAGAGCUGGAGAAUUUGAACAUAUUCAAAAGCUUGACGCGUUUCGAGAAAGCAACCAUGGUCGACAAUAAAAACAAAGACUACAGAAAGAACUCUACUGUUCUCGACUUCAAGCUUGAGGUCGAAAGAUUAGUCAAACGUCCGCAAAGCAUGGAAGAUUUGUGGAACCUUAAACUGCUUUUUAAUUUCGUUGACAAGCUACAGGGAGCCGAAAAUUACGACGGUUUAAGGGAACCGAGUGAAAUGUCAGUCUCUGAGAACUCAGAUUAUUUUUCAGAUAGGACACGAACCGAGCUGAGCUUCUUAAAUAUGAAAUUCAUUGAGAAGCUAAAAAACGAUUUGUGGUCGUGCAUACAAAAAUCAAGUACCUGGUCUGACUGA